UAGACCAUUAAUAUUUACACUAAGUCUAUGUGUACAGUAGGUGGCGGUAAAAGUUGUUUGCAUUCCGCCAUUAAAUAAGAGAAGAAGAAGAAAAAGAAGAAGUCGGCAAAGAAGAAGACAGUUGUAUUUUCAUGGAAACUGAAAGCAAUCACGGGGCUCUUGACAAGGCAACUCUGACAGAGUCACUGGUUUGAGCCGGAAGCAGAGCUGUAAGGAACAGCAGGUGUUGACCCAUACGGAGGCAGGACGGGAACUGGUUUACCUGUGCAGAGAAGGAUCAGAGAAAAAGAAGAAGGACAGGAAGAGGGCUGCAGAUGGCAGGUUUUCUGGAUAGCUUCCGCUGGCCAGAGUGUGAAUGCAUCGACUGGGGGGAGAGGAGGAACGCAGUGGCUUCUAUUGUCUCUGGAGUUCUGGUCAGUGGCUGAAAUAUUGGAGUUUCUUCACAGGCUGGUGGAUCAUGAUUGACGCAGCAGUGACGUAUCCAUCUCAGGAGCAGAUGAACCAUGCAUUCCACACAUGUGGCGUCUUCUCCACCAUAGCAUUCUUCAUGAUAAAUGCAGUUUCUAAUGGCCAGGUGAGAGGAGACACAUAUGGAGAAGGCUGCCUUGGCCGGACAGGAGCUCGUCUCUGGUUGUUUAUCGGCUUCAUGAUGAUGUUUGGCUCGCUCAUCGCUUCCAUCUGGAUCCUUUUCGGUGGCUACGUGGUGCCAAAGAAAGAAGUGGCCCCCGGGCUGGCUGUGUUCUUUCAGAACGCCUUCAUCUUUUUUAGCACUCUGAUCUACAAGUUUGGCAGGACUGAAGAUUUAUGGGGUUAGAGGGUCUGUCUUAUUACUGUCUCUCUGUCUCUCUCUCUUUCUCUCUCUCACCAACACACACACAUCAGGCAUAUAGUGUGUUGUAGAUACUUUUAGUAGUUCUGCAUCCCUUGUCAUGUGUUUCCUGAUACGGAAAUAGUUGUUCUGUCCUUGCUUUGGCUACAUUUGCAUACUUCUAGUUUUUCUCAUACUAUCUGUGCUGCUCUUGAGGAAAGUUAUUUUCAAUGUUUGCAUUAUAAAUGAGGGAAUUCCUUUGUUUGUUAUCCAAAACUAAGAAGCUAGGUUCAGGUCAUUGUUAUCGUAUUUCAGAUGUAUCUUAAGGAUCAUGUGUCAACUCAUGUCAGCAUUUGUUCAAUGUGUAGAUGGUUACAGUGUAAGUUUACUGUAGUGGAUCAGAAAGGGAAAACAGCAUUUGUUCUGGGCCGGACUGAUUUAUUUACAUAAGUACAAUUUGAAGUGGCUGUGAGUCUUAACCAUGGCCCUUUCUGCUGUCUCUACUUAUUAUUUUUUAAUGUAUUUCAGAUGAUAUGAGUUUUUUUCUUUCAUGGGUCUGACUCAUAUUGGGGUUUCCUUUUGACAUGUUAGUCUCUGCCUCAGGAGGAAGUGUUUUUUACACUGUCUGUUUUGUUCUCUUGUACUUGGUCCUUGUUUAGCUCUUCCAGAACAUGUUGUGUAAAGUGAAAUGCAAGUAUUCUGAUGUUUUUUUAGUAUAAGUAUAAAACAAAUUUUGUGAAGUCAGACUGCUGUAGGAACAGUAUUAAAGGACUUGUAAUGGACUAAUUUACAGUAUUUGCUACAGUAUUACAUAUAGACAUGGGCAUCAGACAAUUUUUGAAUGUUUUUUUAAGCUUAUAAGGUGGAGUAAAAAUACAAUCUGGGAGUUUGGGGUUAUUUCCCAUCUUCCGUUCAAACUUUUAAUCAUUUGUGGAUCUUGUAAAGAGCUUAAAAUGUGAAAAAUAAAGCACAUUGUUAAUUGGA